GCGGCGGCGGCGGCCGGAGCGGCCCGAGCAGGGAAGAUGGCGGCGGCGGGCGCGGGGGCCGGGCCCGGCUCCGGUGCGAGUUCCUCGGCCGGUGCCGGUGCUUCCAACCCGCGGAAGUUCAGCGAGAAGAUCGCGCUGCAGAAGCAGCGGCAGGCGGAGGAGACGGCGGCCUUCGAGGAGGUGAUGAUGGAGAUCUGCUCCACCCGGCUGCAGGCACAGAAGCUGAGGCUGGCACACAGCCGGGGACCCUACUACAGCGGCUCCCUGCCCAACGUCAACCAGAUCGGCAGCGGCGUCUCCGAUUUCCAGGGCCCUCUGCAUUCCCCGCUGGACUCCACGCGCAGCACCCGGCACCACGGCCUGGUGGAGCGAGUGCAGCGGGACCCACGCCGGAUGAUGUCCCCCCUUCGCCGAUAUGUCCGACAGAUCGACAGCUCUCCCUACGGACCGACCUACCUGUCGCCUCCGCCUGAGCCGAGCUGGAGGAGGACCAUGCCCUGGAGUAACUUCCCUAUGGAGAAAGGACAUUUGUUUAGGCUGCCGUCGGCUCUCAACAGAACAAAUUCGGACUCGGCACUUCACACGAGCGUGAUGAACCCCAACCCCCAGGACGCCUACCUGGGCCCCUCGCAGGGCGCCCCGCCGCCCGGCCGCCGCAGCGGUUUUCUGGAUGGGGAUGCAGACAGUAAAGUGUUUCUUUUCCAAGUGCCUCCCAUCGAAGAGACCUUCGACGACAACAAGCAUUCGCUGAAGCCCUGGGACACCAAGAAGCUCUCCUCGUCCUCGGCCCGUCCACGCUCCUGCGAAGUCCCUGGGAUCCACAUAUUUCCGUCCCCGGAUCAGCCUGCCAACGUCCCCCUCAUCCCCUCGGCCCUCAACACAGGGGGGUCCCUUCCCGACCUCACCAACCUGCACUUCCCCUCCCCGCUGCCCACCCCCCUCGACCCGGACGAGACCACCUACCCCAGCCUGAGCGGGGGCAACAGCACCAGCAACCUGGCCAACACCAUGACGCACCUGGGCAUCAGCGGCAGCAUGGGCCUGGGGACGGGCUACGACUCGCCAGGACUUACCUCACCUAUGCAGAGCUCCCUGAGUAACCCGUCCCUGCAGUCCUCGCUUAGCAAUCCCAACCUCCAGGCCUCCCUGCGAAGCCCCUCGCUCCAGUCCUCCCUCAGCAACCCCUCGCUCCAGUCCUCCCAAAGCAGUUCCUCCAUCCCUUCCUCACUCUCCAACCAGUCCUUGCCUUCCUCCCUCUCCUCCUCGCUCAGCAAUCCCUCCCUCCCCACGUCCCCCCGCAGCCAGCCCAUGCAGUCUUCCCCCAGCAACCCCAGCCUGCCCUCCGGCUUGAGCGGCUCUUCCUACGCCCCCAUGGUGCAGGCGUCCAUAAACACCUCGCCCCGCCGACGGGUCCCGCUCAGCCCCCUCACCCUCCCAAUGGGUGGCGACUCCAGAAGGCAGCACCCCAAACAGUUCUCACCAACAAUGUCACCCACAUUGUCCUCCAUCACCCAGGGGGUGCCCCUGGACACCAGCAAGCUGCCGGCCGACCAGCGGCUCCCGCCGUACUCCUACAGCCAGCCCGGCCUGCUCCUGCCGUCCCAGCCCAGCCAGAAAGCCCUGCACCAGCCCGUGCAGCCCCCCCCGCAGCCGGCCAUGCCCCCCGCCCCGCCGACGCGGCCCCCGGCGCCGCCGGUGCCACCCAGCGGGGCCACGCAGCGCCCGUACCCCCCCCAGUACCAGCCUAACGCCUCCCUGCCGCAGCCGCAGCAGCAGCUGGGACAAGCCCUGAGCGACUUCGGCUUGGGCAGCUUCGACCAGUUCGGGAUGGGGGAAAGCCCCACCGGCAACAGCGGGGGCUUCCCCGAGGAGCUGGGGACCCUGAGGGACCCCUGGGGACCCCCAGCCGAGGGCACCUACGACCCCCACGUCCUCAACCGGCAAAACCUGAGCAACUGCAGCCGCCACGGCCCCAUCCCCAACAUCAUCCUCACAGGGGAUUCUCCCCCCGGCAUCUCCAAGGAGAUCGCCACGGCGCUGGCCGGCGUCCCCGGCUUCGAGGUGGACGCGGCGGCUUUGGGGCUGGAGGAGGAUUUGAAAAUCGAGCCACUCACCCUGGACGGACUGAACAUGCUGAGCGACCCCUACGCGCUGCUCACCGACCCGGCCGUGGAGGACUCCUUCCGCACCGACCGCCUCCAGUGAGGGGCCGGGGGGGGGCUCCGCCAGCACCCCCGCCCGCCCGCGGACACCCACCCCCCCUGCCUCUGGACCCCUCCCCAACUUUCCCCCCCUCCAACUCCUCUUUUUCACUUUUUUUUUUUUUUCCGGUAAAACGGUGGGGCCACCGCUCC